GCAACAACAUGGCCCCUAUCAGCAGACUGCUGGGACAAAACAUCUCACAUAGCUACUGUGCUGCAGAUGUCUAUUAUACAUUAUGCGUCCUACUUCAUUAGGAAAAGAGCGCAGUAACUGGGUUUAUAAUGUUCAAAUGAUUAAUAAUGGAGCGAUAAGAAUGAUGUGACUCGGAAUUAUAUCAUCAGCUGUUACGCAGAAGCCUGAGGAACCAUAACCAAGCUGCUGUGGAACGCACCCUAUUCCUCAGGAAAGUGUGAAAUGGCAUGAUGGUUACUCUCCAAGACGGAAGCAGCGAUGUUUGAGUAAUAGGAUAAGCAACUAUCCUGCUGAGCCGCAAGAAGGCAACAUGGAGUGGCUGGCAGCAGCUGUGGAGAGGGACCUAGGCUUGGACCAGCGCCAGCUGGGUCCAGGACCACGCCCGCACGAACUGGUCGCCCUGGUUCCGAGUCGCUGGGUGAUGGGAUUAAGGGAGCGGAAAGUGACUCGCUGUGCUCGGUAUGAAGCUAGUUGUGAAACAGAAAUACCUAUUCUACUUCAGCGGUCCCAGGUGAAGUUACCGGCAGGCUGGACGAGGGUCUGCAUCCAGGGGCUCAGGAAGAAUAAGCUGGGCUAUCGCUUGGCAACUGAUCCUGCCUGCUAUGGGGACUCAAUGUCCCAAGACUCUUUCAUCAGGGCGAUGUGUGGGGUAGCCCACAGCAAUGUCAGAAACCUGUGGCGCGACGCCCACCGCUGCCUUGUUCAGCCGUACGCCGGCCCCGUGGAACACCCACAAGUUCAAGCCGUGGACGCCGUGCGACAAGCUCUGCAGAAACUCUUCUGCGUCCACUUCAUGUCAACCGACAGGGUCUCCCCGUCCCUGUCUCCCGCCAGAGAGAAGGAGAAGGAGAAUCUGUUCCUGUCAGGCUCCGCCGCCCCCAAACCCAACACCAGCGACAGCCUCUGUCCAAACGUAGUCCCCCCGGAGUGUUUGCUGGAGUCGGGCGAUGUGCUGUACGUGAUCCUGCCUUACACUCAAUAUUCCCUGCUGGACAUCGUGUCCUACAGCCCGGCCAAGCUCGCCAACAGCCAUGCCAAAGUGCUGUUCGUUCUCUACCAGGUGCUCAUCGCUAUGCGUGCCUGCCAGGCUGCCGGGUUAUCGUGCGGCGAGCUGUCUUUGAUGGACAUAGCGGUGGACGAGCAGCUUUACAGUCGCCUGCGCGUCUCGCUGUCGCACUACGAGGAGCUGGGAGAGCGCAGGGACACUGCUGCUGACCCCAUCGCUGGUAAACAAGUACCAAGAAGUAUUACGGUGAAGGACAGCGGAUGUGUCAGCAGUAACAGUAGCAGUGUCAGUGGACAUCUAUGCAGGGACUGUUUUGACGAGCUCAAAUGUCUGGCGCUGGACUGGGUUCACGGUCGCGUCAGCAACUUUCGCUACCUGAUGGAGCUGAACAGGCUGGCGGGCAGGCGGGAAGGUGACCCGAACUAUCACCCGGUGCUGCCGUGGGUCGUGGAUUUUACUGUGCCAAACGGAAAAUUCCGGGACCUGCGGAGGUCCAAAUUCCGUCUCAACAAAGGUGACAAACAGCUGGACUUUACGUACGAAAUGACCAAAGAAGCCCUCGCUGCGGCCGCGGCGGCCAGUGGCGGGAGCGGCGGCAAUUUGCCGGGAGACCUGGGCGUGUCUGUCGGACCCGCGGGCGCUGGGCAUGCCGAUCACCUUCACGUGCCCCAUCACAUCUCCGACGUGCUGUCGGACAUCACCUACUACGUGUACAAAGCCAGACAGACGCCCAAGUCCAUCCUGUGUAGCCACGUGCGCUCCCAAUGGGAGCCCAACGAGUACCCAGUCAGCAUGGAGCGCAUGCACAGCUGGACGCCGGACGAGUGCAUCCCCGAGUUUUUCACCGACCCCUCCAUCUUCCGCUCCAUCCACCCGGACAUGCCCGACCUGGAGGUGCCUCCCUGGUGCGGCUCCUGCGAGGAGUUUGUGGAGGUGCACCGGCGCCUUCUGGAAAGCCCGGAGGUUUCCGCGCAGCUCCACUCCUGGAUCGACCUCACGUUCGGCUACAAGCUGUCGGGGAAGGAGGCGGUCAAGGCCAAGAACGUGUGCCUGCAUCUGGUGGACAACCACACCAACCUGUCCUGUUACGGCGUGGUGCAGCUCUUCGACCAGCCCCACCCUCCCCGCCUCGCACCCUAUCAGUAUUCCCCACCGGAGCCGCCUUAUCUGGGGCCUACGACUGUUCCCAGCUCCUGGCAGAAAACGUCCCUCAAUGACGUCCUGGACGGCGCCGUGCCCGAGACCAUCGGCUCCGACUCCGCCAGCUGGACGUUGGUGGGCAGAGACGACGACCUGGAGCAGGGCAUGGAGGCGUUGGACUCCUUAAGCGCGCAGGCGGGCACUCCCUCCUCCACGACCGCCUCCGUGCCCGUUCCGCUGGCAAACCCUGCCGUCGGGAAGGCGGGGCUAGAUCACCCGGGCAUAGUGGUGUCGCCGUUGCCCGGCUCCCUUCCGACCGACGGCUCUGGAGGCCUCACGAACAGUUUAGGCUCUGGCAUUCGAAGUGCCAUGAGAGGUGCCAACAAGAAGCAGCAGCAGCAGCAACAGCAUGGCGGUGACAGUAACGCGUCAAACCCUGACGACUUUAAAAUCACCCUGCCCGAGGGAUUCAGCCCGCUUCAGCCUUUGGAGGAGCUGGAGAAACGGAAUAAUUUCCUCCUCAAGGGUCUGCGAGCACAGAUUGCAGACUCCACAUUGUCCAGCAAGCAGAAAGAACAAGCACACGGGACGCCGAUUUCGCUCGCGAACCUCUUUCAGAGGGAUAUGCAGGCCUUGGGGGUGCUCGUCGCCGAAAUUUUCUGCACCUGCAAACUGCGGGGGAUCAAGUCGGGCUCUCCCUUGAGGCAGCGUUUCCAGGCCAUCAUGAAACUCUGCUUCGCCAACCUCCGGGACAUUCCCUUGCCCCUGCACCACGCCCUUGAGAACCUCCUUCACCUCCACAGGCACUCCAAAGACACGUUGCACUCCUCCUACCCGCUACUGUUCCAGUACGACGCCAUCUGCGAGGGUCUCCCGCCACCCAACCCGUGGCAGCUGCUCAGCCCUGCCCUCUCCCCGCUGCCCUUCCCCACCUACUUCCCCGCUCUGCACAAGUUCAUCUUCUCCUACCACUCCAAGAUGGAGGCGCCCAGCAGCGCUCAAGGUCGCGACAUUGUGUUCCACCUGUGGCAGCAGCUGGAGACUCUGCUCCAGGGGAGCAUCACGGCAGAGGGCCUCGAGAUCCUGCUGCCUUUCGUCCUGUCUCUAAUGCUAGAAGAGUCCACCGCCGUGUACGCGGCUUGGUAUCUCUUCGAACCCGUGGCCAAGGUCCUCGGCCCACGCAACGCCACCAAGUACCUGCUGAAGCCGCUCAUCAGCGUCUACGAGAACCCGCGUUGCCUGCGCGGUCGCUUCUACCUCUACACGGACUGCUUCGUGCUGCAGCUGAUCGUGCGGCUGGGGCUGCAGGCCUUCCUCUCCUGUCUGCUCUCCCACGUCCUCCAAGUCAUCACGGGCUUCGAGGGCUGCAGCCGAAACGCUGGCUCCAACUGGGCAGGCGGCAAAGCGCUCCGAGGCGACGCCGGUCUGGGGGAGGACGAGGAGGAGGACUUUGAGUGCGAAAACGGCACAGGGAAAGCUGGAAAAGGUGGAGGUGGCAGCGGAGCGGUCACUGGAGGUGACCCAGGUCUGGCGGACUUCUCCUCAGGAAUCAGCCUCACCGACCAGGUCUUCCUCAACGAAGGCGAGGACUUCCAGAAUGGAUUCUAUGUCAGCAGCACUAGAGCAUCCGGGGCGCCGGGGGAUUCCAGUCUCCCGGGGGGCAAGCAACAGAACAGCCCAAACUUCACAGGCAAAGACACAGACCAGGAAUCCCUCAGCGUUGGCAAGCUGAGCGACAAGAGCAGUGCCAGCGAGGUGUCCCUCGGAGACGCAGACUCCACCAGGGACCGUGCCAGUUUGAAAUCCGUCGACAGCAACCAGGACCUCAAGCAGGCUAGCGACGGGGAGGAUGGACCAGAGCUGGAAGACGAAGAAGACACUGUGGAUGGCAAAGAGGGAGCUAUUCACAGAGUGCCCAGCCUGGAGCUCACGGGCUGCCUAGAGGAGUCGGGGGCCACUGUGGUGACUCUGGAGGGAGAGGGGGACCUCCUGAACGGCAUGCAGCAAGGGGAGCCGGAGAAGAACAUGGUGGCAGAGGACGACGACACGGACUCCACUACUGAGGAAUCCACCGAGAAGGAGCACAAGAUCCUGUUAGACACUGUCUGUAAGACGGUAAGAUGGCUCUCUGCUAAGCUUGGCCCCACAGUCACUUCCAGAUAUGUGGCCAGAAACCUCCUUCGGUUGCUCACCACGUGCUAUGUCGGACCAGAGAAGCACCUGUUUGUGCAGCCCACGGAGGAGAGCAGCCUGGAGAGUGGUGGCAGCGUGUAUGAGAAGAAGCCGGUGGUGGGAGACCAGACAGCCAGCCCAGUGCUGGAGUGCCUCAUCUAUGUAGCUCACCUGUAUGGGGAACCUGUGCUCACCUAUCAGUACCUGCCCUACAUCGGCUACCUGGUGUCCCCUCCCUCGUCUCACCGCCUCAACACCAGGAAAGAGGCUGGGCUGCUGGCGGCGGUGGUGCUCACCCAGAAGAUCAUCGUCUUCCUCUCCGACACCACGCUGAUGGACAUGCUGAUGAAGAUCAACCAGGAAGUGCUCCUGCCCCUGCUGCACAUCCUCACCUCUCCUCGCAUGGGCUUCCCCAGCGGCGUGCAGACGCGCUCGGCUCUGUGCCUGAAGACCAUCAGCCUGAUGGCCCUGAUCUGCCUGCGCAUCGGCAGGGAGAUGGUGCAGCAGCACAUGGCCCAGACCCUCUGCCGCUUCUUCCAGGUCUUCUCCCUGCUGCACACCCUGCAGGGACAGGUGGAGACUGCCCCCCGGAGGGAGGUUGGGGAAUGUAUAUUCCUGGACGGCCACAAUCAGCACGGGGAAGAGGUGACCUGGGAGCUGCGGGUUCUGGAGGAGCUGCAGGCGGUCUUCAACCCUGAGAUGGCCUACGCAUCAUACAUCCCCUUCUACUGUCUCAUCGGUGAACCAGGAAUUUGCAAACUGGUGCCCAACUACGAACUGGUGUGGCGUCUCGGCCAGUCGUACCACGACAAGAUCAGCCCCGGGAGCCCAGACCCCAACUCAGCCAUGAUGCACAGGCUGGACCAACCCCCUCCCAUCCCCUCUCUGGUAGGCCAGUCCCCAGCCUCAGGCAGACGCGUGGCCACUUCCCGAAACCCCUUCCCAGCCCCCGCCUCCACCUCCACCCCCCUGGCCGGCGACAGCCUCCCCGAGUCGGGCACCUUCGGCAGCGCGAUGGUGGGCAACCGCAUCCAGGUGUCCCGGGACUCGGAGACGGGCGCGAGCCCCAACCUGGACAACUGGAGCCGCGGACACCCCUCCCACCACCACCACCACCAUCCUCCUGUCACCUCCUCAUCCUCCAUCUUCUCCUCCUCCUCCACCUCCUCCUCCACCGUCCCCUCCUCCUUCUCCGUCUCAUCCUCCUGGGUGCUGGGUGGCUCCACGUCGGCGGGGGAGGAGAGCGCCCUGAAGCAGAACCUGCCGCACAGCACGCGGGCGCUGCAGGGCAACUGGCUGGCCUACUGGCAGUACGAGAUCGGCCUCAACCAGCAGGACCAUUUCCAUUUCCACCAGAUCCGCCUGCAGAGCUUCCUGGGACACACCAGCACCGUCAAGUGCCUGGCGCCGCUCGCCGGGGAGGACUACUUCCUCUCCGCCUCCAAGGACAAGACGGUGAAGCUGUGGCCACUGUACAACUACGGCGACGGCACGCGGGAGAUGGAGCCCCGGCUCACCUACAUGGAGCACCGCAAGACCGUCACCUACGUGGGCCAGCUGGAGGCGCUGCAGGAAGUGGUCAGCUGCGACGGCACGCUGCACCUCUGGGACCAGUUCACAGGCAAGCAGAUUCGCUCGUACGAGGCCCUGGACGGCAAGAACCCCAUCAUCGCCAUGACUACCAUGCCCGCGCCCCACUGCAGCGUGGUGUUCGCCAGUGCAGACUCCGUACUGCGCUUCAUCGACCCCCGCAAGCCAGGCCUGCAGCAUGAGUUCCGCAUGGCGUAUAACAGUAUGAGUGCGGGCCUGAUCCGGGGCCUAGCGGUGAGUCCCGGGGGCAGCACGGUGGCCGCCAGCUUCUCCUCCGGCUUCAUCGUGCUGCUGGACGUCCGCACCGGCCUGGUGCUGAGGGGCUGGCCCGCUCAUGAAGGGGACAUCCUACAGAUGAAGGCGGCGGAGGGCAACCUGAUCGUCAGCUCCUCAUCGGACCACGCGCUGACGGUGUGGAAGGACCUGGAGCAGAAGCCGCUGCAGCAGUACCGCGCGCCCUCCGACCCCGUGCACACGCUCGACCUGUACGGCAGCCAGAUCGUCACGGGCAACGUGGCCAACAAGAUCGGCGUCUACUCCAUGCUGGACAUCUCGGCCAGCCCCGUCAGCCUCACCAAGCUCAGCUCCGAGAACUUCCGCGGCACCCUCACCAGCCUGGCGGUGCUGCCCACCAAGAGGCUGCUGCUGCUGGGCUCGGAGAACGGUGCCGUCAGGCUACUGGCCUGAGCCUGGAGCUGGACCUGGACCUGGAGCCACCGACACCAAAUGACUGUACAUUUACAGUCACUGCACCAGACAUGAUGCCCACAGCAAAGACAGCAGCAGCAGCAGCAGCAGCAGCCAAGCAAGGGUAGUAGCACAGGAGUGUCCUCCCCCAUCGCUGCCUUUCAAUUCAUUCCUCCAGUUGUGUCCUCUGGACUCUUACCUUGAGGCUUGAUGUCAUUGAGGGACCUCAGUACACAAAAUGUUGAGAGGACAAGGAUUGAGGAUGGCGGAGGGAAGCCAGAUGCUAUUGAAGCGGCCAUCAACGUGGUGGUUGACUGGAGCGCGGAGGAAACGACUGGAGAAACAUAGUGAAAGGCAGAUGUUGUGAAAAAUAGUCUCCUGUUCUAGUUGUAGCGCCUCAGUUUCAAAAAAAGACUCCCAUCUCUGGCCAUGACCAGAGGAAAAUCUGUCAAUGAACUUAAUGUCCACAAACUAGUUACUUCUGAACUUCUUGAUGCUUUUUCGUUUCGUUGGUUUCCUUUCUCUUUCCUUUUUGUUUGGCUAAACCCUACAUGGCCACGUGACCUUUUUUUUAGUCUUUGACGCCUCGUACAACAAGGACCUCACUUAGUAUCCUUAAAGCACUGUUGGUGACCAAAAUAGCAUUUGUAAGAAAGAACCUACGAUCAAGGAAAAGCGCCUGUAGCGAGAGUAUGUAAUGACUGUUUGAAGAGUUUUAUGAUUUUUUUUAAGUG